AUGGCGGCGACGACAACGCAGCCGCCCUCGCCGCUUCCGCCGGCCGGCGAGGUGAUCGAGGUGGAGAACUCGGAGCCGGGCUCGCCGGACGCCGGCAGCCGGAGCAGCGGCAGCGGCCGGAGCUCGUCGGAGUACUCAGGGUGGGUCUACCACCUCGGCGUCAACUCCAUCGGUCACGAGUACUGCCACCUCCGCUUCCUCGUCAUCCGCGGCAAGUGCGUCGCCAUGUACAAGCGCGACCCGCACGACAACCCGGGACUCGAACCUAUCCGAAAGGGUUUUGUCAGUCACACUCUUGUGGUGGAGGAGGUUGGUCGCAAAAAGGUCAAUCACGGGGAUGUUUAUGUCUUGAGGUUGUACAGUAGAUUGGAUCAAACGAAGAAAGGAGAGAUUGCGUGUGCAACUCCUGGUGAAGCUCAAAAAUGGACUGAAGCAUUUGAGCAGGCUAAACAACAGGCUGAGUAUGACCUGACAAGAGGGGCUAACUGGAACAGAUUGCAGAGUGAAAACGAGUUUAAUCUCGAUGGGCAUCGACGUCGGGUAAGAAGAGGCUUGGGGAAACUUGUACGCAUUGGCAAAGGACCAGAAAUGCUCCUUCGGCAGUCCUCCGAUCUUCAAAGCCAUGAAAGGGUUAACACAAACUUUGGAGGUGAUACUGGAGAUGCACUUGAAGCACAUGAAUGGAGAUUUGUUCGAACAUUAAAUGGAAUUAGAAUUUUUGAAGAUAUUGCAAACUCAAAGGGUGGAAAGGGGAUACUUCUCAAGUCUAUUGGCGUGGUUGGUGCAAAUCCUGACAGUGUGUUUGAAAUGGUUCUCAGUCGGGAUAAGCAUAAGCGACACGAGUGGGAUAUGUUGAUUUCUGAUUUGGAGUUGGUGGAAACAAUUGAUGGGUACUGUGAUGUGGUUUAUGGGACCUAUGAGCCAAAAUAUUUAAACUGGUGGAAAUCAAAGAAGGAUUUUGUCUUCUCCAGACAAUGGUUUCGUGGACAAGAUGGGGCAUAUAACAUUUUGCAGAGUCCUGCUAGUCACAAGCAAAAACCUCCAAGACAUGGAUAUGAGCGUACACAUAUCAACCCCACAACAUGGGAAAUAAAGAGGUUAAACACAUCAGAAUCUACUCCGAAGUGCAUUGUUACUCGCAUGGUGGAGAUCUCCCCAUCUUUCUGGGACAGAUGGAGGAGAAGGACCUCCUCAAAUUUUGAGAGAAGUAUCCCUUUUGCUCUGCUCAGCCAAGUAGCAGGUCUAAGAGAAUACUUUGCAGCAAAUCCAGCCAUCAGACCUGAUUUUCCUUCAACAGUAGUGAAGUCAAAAGUAUCUGAAUCCUUGAUCAUCCAGAGUGAACUUGAGUAUUCGGAACCUAAUGAUGAGUUCUAUGAUGCACUUGUUAGAGGAGAAUCCUUUGAAGGUGAUAGUGAUGAUGAUGAUAAUGAUGAUGAUGAUGUUACAACCCCGAAGGCUGGAAAGGUGAAGUUGAAGAACGUAUCAUGGGCCAUUGCAGGUUUAGCUAUGAAGCGAACUAAAGCUUCGCUUGAGAGGAGCGAAUUGGUUACAAAUUCUAUUCCCAUAGCUAUUGACACGAGCCAUUUCCAUGGCACCGUUCGACAAGCGAAAAGUGAAGAUGACCCAAAUUCUUGGAGUUCACCUGGUGGAGAGAAGUUUAUGAUAAGAGGGAAGGCUUACUUGACAGAUUACGCCAAGAUUGCUGGAGGUGAUCCUCUUCUAAAGCUUAUUGCAGUUGAUUGGUUCAAGGUUAAUGAGCGCUUUGACUCGGUUGCCUUGCACCCAAAAAGCCUUGUUCAGUCCGAAGCUGCAAAGAAGAUUCCCUUCAUACUGGUUGUAAAUUUACAGGUUCCAGCAAAACCAAACUAUAACUUGGUUAUGUACUACGCAGCAGAGAAGCCAGUGAACAAAGAUUCUCUCUUGGGUAGAUUCAUUGAUGGAACUGAUGCAUUUCGAGAUGCCAGAUUUAAGCUUAUACCAAGUAUUGUUGAGGGUUAUUGGAUGGUAAAGCGUGCAGUUGGGACGAGAGCUUGCCUUCUGGGGAAAGCAGUGACAUGCAAUUAUCUUCGACAGGAUAACUUUCUCGAGAUAGAUGUUGACAUUGGUUCCUCUUCUGUUGCACGGAGCAUUAUUGGCCUAGUCCUGGGAUAUGUGACAAGUAUCGUUGUAGAUCUUGCUAUUCUAGUUGAGGCAAAGGAAGAGAAAGAGCUGCCUGAGUACAUUCUUGGCACUGUUCGUCUAAACCGUGUAAAUCCUGAGGCUGCUGUACCAAUCUAA